AACGAUUACACGAUACAUACGCCAUCACCAUCUUACUUCCGCGUCCGAACAAAAAACAAAGAAAAAGUCCUUUAGCUUACGCCUUCGGAGAUUGGAGUCCGACCAGUUAGGCCUUCAUUACACGCUUUCUGCCCUACCACGCCUUUGAAGAAGAUCGUCAGAUACGAAAAGCUUACUCUGGUAUACGAGUCAUUCAGGCUGAGCCUUUGGGCCCCCACGCACACAUCGACAGCGAUCGAUCAUGAUCAAAGAUCGGGCACCCACGUUCGUCAUGGUUGGAGCCUUGUUGGCUAUUUUACCCAUCGGUCUCAGUAUACUUGCAGCAUGUCUACACAAAAGAUGGAGGGUAAGGCAGAGGAGGAAGAGAGAUGCGCUGGCUGUUAGUGGAGAGGGACUGGGGAGUGGAGACGCGGGGAAAGAAACGGCGGAAGGGGACAGGGUACCAGGCGGUGCGGCUAUGAUGGAGAAGGGACAGUGUUUUGAGGGGGAGCAACGAAGUAGUAGCCGCGAUCUGGUCCAUGAAUCGAGUACGGAGAUUAAAUAGAGUUUCCUAGGGCGAGCUUUGUUAAGCGGAGGGCGAAACAGGCCGAUGAAACGGCUUGCUUGAGUGAUUACAAUUAGAACUGGAUCG